AAUGUCUUUGAAGCGCGAGAAUGACUUUCCAGCGACCUCGAUAGGCCGAAGCUCUGGCGCACGCCUGCAACAAGCUGCGGCUGCUCAUGAAGCUCAUCCACUGCUAUCACCGACACCCUCGGAGCAGAGCCUUCCAUCGGGUACAACAGCGAACGGUGCUCCUCGAUAUGUGCCAUACACACCGCGGCAACGUGUCACCCCAACAGCGGCCACGACGGGCACCACCGUACAUCCACCAUCUCCCCAACAGCACCAGGGCGAUGCAACGAGCAAACUCCAGUUAAUGCACCUCAAGGCGGCUGCCCAGGCCAUUGGACUUGAUAGCGGCACAUUGGGAUGGGUGAUGCUUGAGAAGCUGGUGGUUGACGUGGAGAACAGUGAGGAAUGGACGGAGGUUUGGACUGUUAUUACCUCGGGCAAGGCAACACUUCUUCUCCCAUUAGAAUCCACUUCCUACGAGAAGAUUACUCCCGAUUUCAUGAAAGAUCACAUCAUACUCUGCGAUAGCCCGUCUCGCAAGGAUACACCCAUCGUAACUCUAUCCGGUCUGCGUGGUACGCUUGACGGCGAGACUCUGACUUUCCGUUCCACGAUCAACCCUACCUGCAAGCUCUUCCAAGAUCUACUCACUCCGUCAACACGUACGACAGCCCUCUCACAUCUACCACCCCUUCCAACGUCCACGAAAUAUCCUAAAUUCCAAUUGCCAUCUUAUUCCUCCAACCUUCAUGUUCCACCCCGAGCGGCAGCCUCCAAACCUCCUCUCCCACCUCGACCAAACAACAGACCUGCUCCUCCGACUCGAAUCGGCAACCCCUUCGCGUCGCUCUUCGGCGGCAGUGCACGAAGUCCCAACCCACCUGUGCCCCCUUCUCCGACCUCCUCUCUUCUCAGCUUCGAGUCUGACACCAGCACGUCCUUCGAAGUGCCUGGGUUCGCGAUUGAUCGACGGAUCGUGCGCAAAGACCUCGCGAAGGAGCUCAACAAAGCCCUCAAAGCCGAGAUCAAGGCCUCUCUGUCUGUGUCUUCCUGUCCUAGUUGGCUUGUUGAGCGCGUGCACGACGCAGCGGCUCCGUGGUUCCCAUUCAUCAAGACGACAGCGCCGUCAAGGCGGAAGCUGGGCCAAGAGAAAGAGGGUAAUGGUAAUGGGAACGCAUAUAUCGUGAAUCCUUUCGAGGAGAACCCGCAGGACUGUGCAGAGCAUCUCCAGGAUAUCUAUCUUGCCUUGGAGCAGGAUCUGAGAAUGAGUUUACCAAAGAAGAGGGAAAAGGAAGCGGAGUCGGACAUGGAGGUUGAGAAGGAGAGGGAGAAGAGAGAGUCGGAGAGGAUGGAGACCGAGAUAUGGGUUCGCGAGGUCAUGGAGGUGGUGGAGCGAACAAUUACUUCACUAUUUUAUGAUCGCUUGUUCAUGCAGUCAACUACGGAUGACGCGUCGCACGAUGAGGCACUAUCGAGUCGAAUAGCAGCGCUGAACAUGCUGGAUCUUGGACUCGGGCAUCUUGGAAUUGAUGUUGGAGAAGUCGACGAAUCGGAUCUGGAUGCUGUCGUAAAGGCAUGUGGCGAUGUCCUGACUAAGUUGGAAACACUUCGGUACCCAGCGGAAAAGGCAGCAAGUCUGGUAGAGGCACACAAGAUCGUGGUCGACGGUCUAUCCAAGCUGCCACCCGUACACCUCAUAUCCGAAAACAACGUCAAUGUAGAUGAAGAAGACCUUCCGACUGCUAAGCCACAAUCAAGUUCCUCUGACGAAGGUCAAUCGAGCGUGGCUUACGCCGAACAGCCUAUUGCCCAGACCGCAUUACCAGCCUCUAGCCUAGGUUUGGAAUCCACCGACCCACCUCUACCUUCGCUACCUUCCGACUCGCCGCUAGCAGCACCCGCAUCGUCUGGGAGUGAUCUCAAAAGCUCGACUUCCGGUGCCAGGACCAAGACCGUCCCUCCUCCUCUACCCCUCGAUAGUCCUUCUGCAUCUGCAUCUCCUGCAGCCUCCGGUCCGGUCCCUUCUCGUCCUUCUGAGAAACGCAGUGAUGCGCAGAAGGACCCUACGCCUGUCUCCGGCGACGUCCUGCUGCCCAUGAUCAUCUUCUCGGUGGUCAAGGCCAACCCACCACGGCUUGUGUCUAACUUGCUUUUCACCCAACGGUUCAGGAACCAAUCAGUGGGUGGCGAGGAGAGCUACUGCCUAAUCAACAUGAUGGCUGUCGCCGAGUUCCUCGAGAAUGUGGACAUGGCUGGUCUAGGUCUAGGAGAUAGCGACAAAGUCAUGAGCACUGCCGAUCUGACUCCGAUCCCGCUCACAAGAAGUCCAAUCACCGCCGAGACGCCGCUCCUUCCAGCAGACGCUGCGCACGGCGGCCUCCGUGGGCGUGUCGAGCAGCAAGUCGACGCAAUUGCGGACUCUGCGAACAAGGUCCUUCAUGCCCGGCACCACCGCGAACCCGAUCCCGCUCUCGCCGGGAAGCGGGCGCACGACCCCCGGCACACCAGGAUCCGCCCCGAAACAGGGCUUCGGCUUGUUGAGGAGAGAGAGCGGCUUCUCAAUCGCGAGCCUUGCGGCGUCAUUGCCAUCCCUGUCGCACGAUCGAGGGCUGCAAGCACUAUUGGCGGCGAAGAGGCCGGGCAGCAGCUGGUGUCUGUCUCGCGUCCUUCUUCGGUAAGGUCUCGAGCGUCCUUGAAGAUCCGAGUUGGUGGUGACGACGAUGAGGAAGAAAGCCAGGACGACUCGGACGACGAUGGUGGUGGCAGUGUCAGUGGGACGACGGACGACGAGGAGAGCGAGCAAGGCGAAGAAGGGAGGGAAGAUGGCGAAGAUUCCGGCCGUGCGGACGUUAGGAGCAUACGCAGCUUUGAGAGCAUGCUCAGUGCGAGCAGGAAGAGCAAGAGUGCCAAUACGAAACCGAGGAAGACACUGUCAGAUCGAUUGGCUUCGGUUUCUGCCCUCGCCGGCUUCAAGCAGGGAACCUCUCCACCCAAUUCACGCAGAUCUUCGAUGCUUCAGCCACAUCCCUCAGGCGGCGUUCGUCCAGGCAGUCCAUCAACGUCAAGACCAACCUCGCCAGUGCAACACCAUCCUUCUUUAAGACUAGCUCCUCCCAAGCAACGUUUCAUAGAGUGCACCCCGGAUGAUCUGCGUCUUUCUGAAAUUGGCGAGCUUUUAAGAGAUUAUCGGAGGUUGGUUGAAGGCAUUCGCGCUGUGAAUGGUUUCGAUGAGUA